AUGCUACGGGAGCGGCACCACGAGGACGAGUUGUCCAUCGUCUUGGGAUUGGAUUUUGGCGGGACGGGAAUCAAGGGAGCGCCGGUGGACGUGGCGACGGGAACGCUGCUGCUGGAGCGGUACCGAAUCCCCACGCCCAAUCCCGCCACGCCUCAGGCCGUCGCUGACGUCAUCAGGCAGAUCAAGGACCACUUCCGAUGGGAUGGACCAAUCGGAAUUGGCGUUCCGUCUGUCGUCCGACGUGGCAUCGUCCGCAGUGCUGCGAACAUCGACAAGUCCUGGAUCAACAUCAACGCCGUCGAUCUCGUCCAACGCGCCACAGGCUGCCAGGUGGCAGCAAUCAACGACGCAGAUGCAGCAGGAUUCGCCGAGAUGAGGUUUGGCGCCGGCCGACCCUUGCAGCGGGAAGGCACGGUCCUGAUGACCACGUUCGGCACGGGGAUAGGCACGGCACUGUUCGUGGGCGGGCAUCUGGUGCCGAACCUAGAGAUGGGGCACAUAGAAGUGAACGGGGAAAUUGCCGAGAAGGUGGCCUCAGGAGCAGUGAAGGAGAAGUUGGAGAUGAGCUGGAAGAAGUGGGCUGGGCGGGUGAACGAGUACCUGGCUCGCAUGGAGCAUUACCUCCAGCCGGAUCUAAUUGUGAUUGGUGGAGGCAUCAGCAAGAAAGAUGAGAAGUUCCUACAUCUGCUGUCAGUGCCUGGGGGAACGCCCAUAGUGGCGGCGGAGAUGCGCAACGAGGCGGGCAUUGUGGGGGCGGCUGUGGGUGGCUCCAUCCUGCUGGGGGAGCAGCGCGCUGCCAGGGAAGCUGCCAGGAUUACACCCACUCUUCUCAGCUGA